AUGCCGCCAUUAGUGCAGCCAGCCAGCAGCCCGCCAGCAGCCCGCCAGCAGCCCGCCAGCAGCCCGCCAGCAGCCCGCCAGCAGCCCCCAGCCAGCAGCCCGAGACGGUCAGCAGCCAGCAGCAGCCAGCAGCAGCCAGCAGCAGGGACCACGCAGCGGCCGCCAUGGGAUUCUGCGAAUGCCAUGCCUGCUGCUGUCAUGGCCUGGCCUGGCCUGCUUGUUCUUCCGCGUGGGACCGAUGCACGCUCAACCAGCGCCCCCUCGCCGUGUGCUCGCAGCCAUGCACAUGGUGGUGCCCUCGCAGCUCCUCCGCCGCGGCCCACAAAGGCCAAUUGGGCGGCCUCGCAUGCCCGUCGCCCAUGCCGCCAGCGUGGAGAGGCUGGUGCUGAGGCUGAGGCUGAGGCUGAGGCUGAGGCUGCCGCCUUGCCCCACACGGCCUAG